CAAUUCUCUCAGCGCUGCGGCCCACAAAACCAUGAAUUACUUGGCAUGGGCGAUGCACGGCUACCUACGGGACACGGACGAGUUGCCGGAGAGGGCGGUGUUGGUCUUCAAGGCUUCGAGGUACUUCAUGACGGUGGACUGGCUCCUGCCGGUGCUGGACCUGGUCCCCAGCGAAGCGAUCCGGAUCAAGGCGGACGCCGGAAUAGGGGAGGGCGAGAGCCGGAGAGGGAUGAUAGCGGACGGAGUCGAGGCCCAGACGCUCGAGGCGGUGGUCGACCAAGCCGUACUGGUGGCGGUCAAAUUGGACGCCGACUUAUCGAUGUGGUUACGGGACUACGCGACGGCCGGGGCGGACGGAGGGUUCCCGGAGAUUGCAUAUCUCCGGCACGUGACCCCCCAUAGCCGGGCGCGGGUUCCGAGCGAGGAGACGUGGACCGAGCGCGGGCCGUCGGCUCCGGUUCCGUCGAUUGUGGAUGAAAACUGGGCUGGAGUUGAUAUAAUGUCCCAUUUGGACGAUAGAUGGCGGCGUUAA